AAUUUUCAUAAAUUGAACAUCAACAAACGAGAAAAUUCACCGAUUUUCGCGAUUAAAUUGCCGUGAAAAUCCGUAAAAUUUGCUGAAAAAACCCGAAGGACCUCCUUUCACGAUGGCAACUCUAAAGGAGCGACAGAUAAAUGCAAUUAAGCAGAUGUUGAACCUGAAUCAGCCCAUAACAAAGGGACUUGCUGCCGAGCCUGUGUGGAAAAUCCUCAUUUAUGAUCGUGUCGGACAGGAUAUCAUCUCGCCCAUCUUGCCUAUUCGUGAUUUACGGGAAAUGGGCAUCACCUUGCAUAUUCAACUCCAUUCUGAUCGCGAUGCAAUCCCGGAUGUGCCUGCAAUUUACUUUUGCGCCCCGACGGAAGAGAAUUUGGGUCGAAUCGCGCAAGAUUUCCAAAAUGGCUUGUACGACGAGUACCAUUUGAACUUCAUUUCGCCGAUUUCGCGUCAAAAAUUGGAAGAACUUGCGGCGGCGGCACUCCAAGCGAACUGCGUUGCCAACAUUCACAAAGUUUACGACCAAUAUGUGAACUUUAUCACGUUGGAGGACGACAUGUUUAUCCUGAAACAUCAAAAUAGCGACGACUUGUCGUACUAUUCGAUCAAUCGUGCCAACACCCGAGACGAGGAAAUGGAACGAAUCAUGGACUCGAUCGUCAAUAGUUUAUUUUCGGUCUUUGUUACGCUCGGAAAUGUCCCGAUAAUUCGUUGUCCGAAGAACACGGCGGCGGAAAUGGUCGCUCGCAAGCUCGAAAAGAAAAUUCGCGAGAAUUUAUGGGAUGCCAGGAACAAUUUAUUCCAUCUGGAAGCCACACAAACGGGCGCUUUUAGCUUCCAACGAGCUUGUUUGAUCAUUUUGGACCGAAAUAUCGACAUGGCAACGCCACUGCAUCACACAUGGACAUACCAAGCACUCGCCCAUGACGUCUUAAACCUUUCGCUGAACCGCGUAGUUGUCGAGGAUGACGACGCCAAAGGAGGCGCAAAGGCAAAAUCCAAAAUUUGUGACUUGGAUUCGCGUGACAGGUUCUGGAGUUCACACAAAGGAAGCCCUUUUCCGACUGUCGCAGAGGCAAUUCAAGAGGAACUCGAAACUUAUCGAAAUUCCGAGGAAGAAAUUAAAAAGUUGAAGACCUCGAUGGGCAUCGGGGAUGGUGACAAUGAAACAGCUGCCUUUUCGAUGGUGAAUGACAACACGGCACGUCUCACAAACGCGGUUCACUCGUUGCCGCAACUCAUGGAAAUGAAACGUCUCAUCGAUAUGCACACAAAAGUCGCCACAAACAUCUUGAAUUUCAUCAAGGCACGUCGAUUAGAUUCAUUUUUCGAGAUGGAGGAGAAGAUUAUGUCGAAAAGUGUGCUUGACAGGGCGUUGCAAGACCUCCUUCAGGAUCAGGAAUUCGGCGGACCGGAAGAUAAAAUGAGACUUUUCAUCAUUUAUUACAUUUGCACGGCAGUUUCGGACUCGGAAUAUCGGAAAUUUGAGAAAAUUUUGACAGAAGCAGGAUGUGACUUGUCUCCGCUUCCUUACAUUCAACGAUGGAAGAGCAUUCAUCGGUCAAUGAACGUGAACCAAUAUGAAGGAAGUGGCACGAAAACCGUUAAUAUGUUCUCAAAAUUAGUCUCUCAAGGUUCCUCUUUCGUCAUGGAAGGUGUCAAAAAUUUAGUUGUUAAGAGACAUAACUUGCCUGUUACAAAAAUCACGGAACAACUUAUGGAAUGCAAAAGUGGCGGAGACACCGACGACUACUUGUAUAUCGAUCCAAAGUUAUUAAAAGGCGGCGAUGUCGCUCCCAAAAAUCGUCCUCCAUUCCAAGAUGCUGUCGUUUUUGUCGUGGGCGGUGGCAAUUAUAUCGAAUAUCAGAAUUUAGUUGACUUUACGAAGCAAAAAAGUACACAAACAAGCACGAAACGAAUAGUCUACGGCGCAUCGACCUUGAACAAUGCGAGUCAAUUCUUGAAGCAACUUUCCUUGCUGGGACAGGAGAUCAAGGACACCUAACGCGGGCCUUCUGUUAUCAUAAAUUAGCAUUUCUAAGUACUUUGUAUCGGUUUUCAUGUUACAUUCGACUUUUAAUUAAAAAAAUUUGUAUCGCAUAGCACUUUACUGUUAAAAAAAAUAUUUCUGGAUUAUUUUAUUUUUAUUAUAAUUUUUAAAAAAAUGCAAUAUAAUAUACUUUAUAUAUAUACUUUUUGAUUGAAUA